UUCGAGGGCUCUGAUGUCUCGUCAAUUUGAUGGUUAUAAGACUCCAUCAUCACCAAGUGGAGUACCUGAUAAGGAUGCCCCCAGAUCAACCCAUCCCAUAAUCCACUCCUAUCUCCGCCGCCACCACACCGUCCCCGUCACAAGCCUCCAUCAUACUCAAAGCACACCCAGCAACGCAGCUCUGGCGUCUUUUCAACAUUAUCCUUCUUUUUACGGGAAGAAUUACGGCAUACACACCACAAUUAUCAGAUCAACCCAACUCAACGUGAGACUCUUGCCUUCCAAAAACCAAUACUCGCGCCAAAGGAACCCCGCCCCCACUCCAUCCGCCUCUCUAUCAGACUGCCAACUCGAAACUCACAACCCUAGCCAACCCAGUUUCCAACGACAACCAUGAACGACGCAGAAGGUCUCGCAAUUGCAAUCGAGGAGGCCAAGACCGGCGCCUCAGAGGGCGGCGUCCCGAUCGGAGCCGCCCUCGUCUCCGCUGACGGCAAGCUCCUCGGCCGCGGCCACAACCGCCGCGUCCAGAUGGGUUCAGCCAUCCAUCAUGGCGAGACCGACGCCCUCUUCAACUCGGGCCGCCUGCCCGGAAAGGCAUACAAGGGCAGCACAAUGUACACUACUCUUUCACCCUGCGACAUGUGCACCGGAGCCUGUCUCCUCUACGGAAUCUCUCGCGUCGUCAUUGGCGAGAAUAAGACGUUCCUCGGUGGCGAAGAGUACCUCAAGCAGCGCGGCGUAGAAGUAGUCGUUGUCGAUAACGCAGAGUGCAAGGCCCUCAUGGAUAAGUUUAUCGCUGAGAAGCCUGAAGUCUGGAAUGAGGAUAUCGGGGAGGAAUGAAUGAAAGGUCGAAGCUAGACGACUACGCAUAUAGUCGGCGUUUGACAACGUAUCACGCAUCAUGUUGGCUACUAGAGCCUGGAGCAACAGCAUUACUUGAG